AUGAUCGUUUCAUCAAUUCUUGAUCCAGCAGUGAUUUCAACAUUUCUAGUAUCAGCGGCAGUCUUUGGAUCUUGGUUCACAUUUUGGUACAAGACACAUCUCGCACGCACAGAGAGAGAAAGAGCCUAUGUGUGUACGCUGCUCAGUAGUUCUAUCACCAGCACAUGCUCAAUACCACUUGUUUAUACACUACUGACCAAUGGAGGUGAUCUGACCGAGAUUCUUGCUUAUCGUACAUGGACAGUCAUUGCAACUACAUUUUUCAUGACAUUUUUGAUUACAGAUCUUGUCAUUGGCAGUAUAUUCUAUCGUAGCAAGAUUGAGCUGCUCACUGGAUGGAUCCAUCAUAUCACUUAUCUGGGCACACUCACUUGGGCAAUUCACAAUCAGUAUACAGCCGUGUUUAUUAUGAUGUGUUCAUUGGAAUUGCCUACUUUUAUAUUGGCAUUAGGCUCAGUUAGAUCUCAAUUACGUCGGGAUUAUGUAUUUGCAUCUACAUUUCUGAUCACCAGAAUUCUCUUUCAUGCAUAUGCAAUCAAAUGUGCCUGGGUUAUGAAACCUUACGGCCCUGUUGUCACUGCAUUAUCGGCGUUUUUCCCUGUUCACUGCUUUUGGUUUUAUGGGUUCAUCAAGCAACAAAUUCGCUUAGCAGCAAAGAGAAAGCAAGAGGCACUGGUCAAUAAACAGGCACAAAGAAAGAGAUCCAAACAUGCAUCACAGCAUAUUCAACCAAGCGUCAUUUCAACCAUCAUCAAAACCACCGUUAAAAAGACAUCUGUGUCGAGAAGCAGCAAAGCGACUACGAAUAAUACCACGCCCAGCUAUCUAUCUUCACCCACUCCCUCAUUUCAUCAAUCUCCUCCUGUAUCAGUCCAUUAA